CGCCAGAAUCCAGUAUGGCGGAAUCUGCGCGCGGGUGAAUCUUUUCGCUCCGACUGGAAAUUAAAGUGCGUCGGUUCGGCGCAGAGCGGAGAUCCGGCUGCCGCGGGAGGAGACGAGGGAGUGAGGACAAGCAGGACUAUUAGUGGGACUGGAUUUAGCCCAUCUGGGGGCGCACCUGAGACCUCGGUCUCUCCACACCGGUCUCUCUCUUGUCCAGCGGGAUCAGCAACCAGCGCAUGGUGUUCCCCUCUAAGGCAUCUGGGGAGCAGUGAGGUCCUCUCCACACCCUCAUCUGCCAGGACACGCUUCCUUUCUGCCUCUGUCGUCUUCCUUUCCUGUUUCCACACACAUACACACACACACACACACACACACACACGGAAGAGCAGCAGAAAUGAGUUCCCACAGUCACCCAGAUAGCCUUCCCAGUAAAGAGCAGCCUCUGGAGCUUCUCAAAACAUCUGGACUCAACCACAUUCCCUCUGUUGAUGUGAGUGCGGUGUUGCCCGUUCCCGUUCCCCCCGCUGCCAUCCCGAUGGAUCUGCGUGUGGACCAGCAGCACAUGCCCGUGUCUGGGGAGCAGCAGCUGCAGCAGGAGCUCCUGGCGCUAAAGCAGAAGCAGCAGAUCCAGAGGCAGCUGCUCAUCGCCGAGUUCCAGCGGCAGCACGAACAGCUCUCGCGCCAGCACGAAGCCCAGAUGCAGGAACACAUUAAGCAUCAGCAAGAGCUGUUGGCGAUGAAGCAUCAGCAGGAGCUGCUGGAGCACCAGAGGAAGUUGGAGCAGCAUCGUCGUGAGCAGGAGCUGGAGAAACAGCAGCGUGAGCAGAAACUGCAGCUGCUCAAAAACAAGGAGCGUGGCCAAGAGAGUGCGGUGGCCAGCACGGAGGUGAAGAUGCGUCUUCAGGAGUUUGUGCUGAACAAGAAGAAAGCACUGGCCCAGAGGAGCCUCAACCACUGUAUGCCCAAUGACCCACGAUACUCAUACUGGAAAACCCAGCACAGUUCACUGGAUCAGAGCUCUCCUCCUCAGACAGGGAUGUCCACUUACAACCACCCAGUACUGGGACUCUACGAUUCCAAAGACGACUUUCCACUCCGCAAGACAGCGUCAGAGCCGAAUCUGAAGCUGCGCUCCAGGCUGAAGCAGAAGGUGACGGAGCGGCGGAGCAGCCCGCUGCUGAGGAGGAGGGACGGCCCAGUGACUACGGCCAAGAAACGCUCCCUGGACGUGACAGAAUCAGCUUGUAACAGCGCACCAGGGUCUGGCCCGAGCUCACCCAACAACAGCUCGAACAACAUCACUAACGAGAACGGCAUCACCAGCUCAAUCUCCAACAAUCCAGUGGAGCCUUUCCUGGCACAUCGUCUUGCCAGCAGAGAGGGUCCUGUUAGCCAGCUGUCUCUGUACACAUCCCCCUCCCUCCCAAACAUCACUCUGGGCUUGCCAGCCACCGGCUCCACCACUGUGGCGUCUGGCCAGCAGGAUGGUGAGCGCCUGGCGAUAGCAGGCCUGCAGCCCGGACUACCCAUAACCACUCCGUUCAUCGCUGGAGCCCACCUCCCCUCAUACCUGGCUGCCUCGGCCUUGGAGCGGGAAGGAGGCUCCGCCCACAACCCCUUGCUGCAGCACAUGGCCCUGCUGGAGCAGACACAGAUUUCAGGUCUGAGCGGUCUGCCCCUUCAGUCUCCCUCCAUCCAUAAGCUGCGUCCUCACCGGCCGCUGGGUCGAACCCAGUCAGCUCCUCUGCCCCAGAACACCCAGGCCCUGCAGCAGCUAGUGGUCCAGCAGCAGCACCAGCAGUUCCUGGUCAAACAGAAACAGCACUUCCAACAGCAGCAGCUCCACAUCAGCAAGAUCAUGGCCACUAAACCAAACGAGCCAGGCAGGCAGCAUGAAAGCCACCCGGAGGAGACCGAGGAGGAGCUGAGGGAGCAUCAGGCCCUGAACGACCCGACUGAAGGCCUGCCGCGUGGAGUCACCAUCAAACAGGAGCCUCCUGACCAGCUGGAGGAGGAGCUGCAGCAGCGGGAGCGACAGGCAGAGCACGAGCUCAUCUUCAGACAGCAGGCUCUGCUUCUGGAGCAGCAGAGGAUCCAUCAGCUAAGAAACUACCAGGCAUCGAUGGAGGCAGCCGGCCUCUCCGUCACUUUACCGGGGCACCGUCCUCUGUCCAGAGCUCAGUCCUCUCCAGCCUCUGCCUCAUUCCCGAUUGUCGUGCAGGAGCCUCCAGCCAAGCCGCGCUUCACCACCGGGCUGGUGUAUGACACACUGAUGCAGAAGCACCAGUGUAUGUGUGGCAACACUAACACCCAUCCAGAGCACGCGGGACGAAUCCAGAGUAUCUGGUCCAGACUGCAGGAGACUGGACUGCGCAGCAAGUGUGAGUGUAUCCGGGGCAGGAAGGCCACGCUCGAGGAGCUGCAGACGGUCCACUCUGAAGCUCAUGUGCUGCUCUACGGGACCAACCCACUGAGACAGAAACUAGACAGCUCUGUGACACCCAUGUUUGUGAGGUUGCCCUGUGGGGGCAUCGGGGUGGACAGCGACACUAUCUGGAACGAGGUACACUCAUCUAGCGCGGCUCGUCUGGCCGUCGGCUCCGUGGUGGAACUGGUGUUUAAAGUUGCGUCUGGAGAACUAAAGAACGGUUUCGCUGUGGUGCGGCCUCCAGGACACCACGCCGAGGAGAGCACCCCCAUGGGAUUCUGUUAUUUCAACUCGGUGGCCAUCGCAGCCAAACUCCUCCAGCAGCGCCUGAAUGUCAGCAAGAUUUUAAUAGUGGACUGGGAUGUCCACCAUGGCAACGGCACCCAGCAGGCUUUCUACAGCGACCCCAAUGUGCUGUAUCUGUCUCUGCAUCGCUAUGACGACGGGAACUUCUUUCCUGGCAGCGGCGCUCCUGAUGAGGUGGGCUCGGGGCCUGGCAUGGGCUUUAAUGUGAACAUGGCCUUCACAGGUGGUCUGGAGCCUCCAAUGGGAGACGUGGAAUAUCUGGCCGCCUUCAGAACAAUAGUGAUGCCGAUUGCGAACGAGUUUGCGCCUGAUGUGGUCCUGGUGUCGUCAGGGUUCGAUGCUGUGGAGGGCCACCCGCCACCGCUGGGGGGAUAUAGACUCACAGCCAAGUGUUUUGGGUACCUGACCAAGCAGCUGAUGGGCCUGGCCGGCGGCCGCCUGGUGCUCGCCCUCGAGGGGGGUCACGACCUCACUGCCAUCUGCGAUGCGUCUGAAGCAUGUGUUUCUGCUUUGCUAGGAAACGAGCUGGAACCACUACCUGAGAAGGUUCUUCAACAAAGGCCCAAUCUCAACGCUGUGCGCUCCAUGGAGAAGGUUGUGGAAGCGCAUAGUAAGUACUGGCGCUGUCUGCAACGCAACGUUUCGACACUAGGCUACUCUUUGAUUGAGGCUCAGAAGUGUGAGACGGAGGAGGCUGAGACUGUGACCGCCAUGGCCUCGUUGUCUGUAGCCACCACGAACAUGGGGAAAAGGUCUGAAGAGGAGCCAAUGGAGGAAGAACCACCACUGUAGAUGACAGGUGACUGACUUGACUAGGUGACCUCCUUGGCUCACAGCCUCUCACUGGUGUGUGACCUCACUCUGCUCUCUCCAUAUGUUUCAUUUUGGCCGCACCAGGCUCCAUGGCACCGCCGCCUGCGAGUGCCUUUUCAGCACAGAAAGCAAAACAGACCGAAGACGUCUCUAAAAAAAAAAAAACAACAACAAAAAAAAACAAUCCAAGCACACCAAUGUGGAAAACUUCGCAGUUUUUGUCUGUCUCUGUCUAGAGCAGGGUGUGUCUAGGCCUCCCUUCUGCUCUGUCCCGCACAGACGUCUGCUUUCAAACAGGUUGCGGACUUGGGUCUCACUGCUUCGAAGCGAGAGCUGGUGCUUUCAGAAACAAACUCUUUUUUUCAUGGCCACUAACGUCCGCAUGGUUUCAACUGUGGACAUUGUCAUGGCUGUGUCCUCGUCUGGUUUUAUUUCGUGUCUCUUUGGUUGUUUAUUUGGUUUUUUCUUUUUCUUGAGGGAGGAAAAAAGUGACUGGUGCUGUUUCAUUCCGAAUUGGGAAAUUUUUUUGAAAGUUACUUCUGGAUGCUUUGCGAGAUGCUUGAGAGGAGAGGCCGAAGACAUGGACAGGGUUGGAGAGAGUGGAAAAAUGUAGAGGAUGUGUAGAAGAAGGCUGACGAAGCAGCUUGUCUGAAACCCCUCUAACGCAUACAAGAGAGACACUGAGAGCUUGUGCCUUUUUUUUUUACACAGCUGGUGGAUUUAAUGAUGAUUUAAGAAGAACAUUGCCUUAAACUAGUUCCUUAAGGGGAAGGCCAUCGGGUCCUUCCGCCCCCUCCUCCAUUUUUUUUCCAGGAGCGGAAUGGCUGGAGGCCCGAAGGACAGAAAGCCCUUUGCAUGUUUACCAGGAAUGUCCUGCAGACUUGUGCGUGUCUCACACACAUUAUCAUCAUUUUAUUGGCAAUUUGUUUUCCUCUGCAUUUUUUCGAUACUUGCUUUGGAGUUAACUUUAAAAUAACCGAGAAGGUAGUUGCCAGCCGUAUCCAGGCAAACAUUGUUGGAGCAGUUUUCAAUUGAUUUCUUUAGUACUUUUAAGAGCAAGUGCAGCCCGAUGUAGCUACUUGUUUAAACUCUAUGACCAAAUCUAUACAUCCGUCUCCGUUAAACUCGCAUGCACUGUUGUUCCUGAACACCAUUCCCAGUAGACCAGUAAGGGAACACGAACUAACAGCAUGAGAUCUAACCAGUAGUUCAGUGCCACUAACUGCAGGUGAACAUGAUAGGACUGUUAACAUGUUUAUCUUCUUCUACAACUUUGUCGUUUAUGAGAAAAGUCGGAUUACCGACCUAUUUCUAUCUUUCAUGUAUUUCUCACAGCAGACAUUACACUUUUUAUACAGUAGGUAUGAAUGUCACAGUGUUCAUAUUCGACUCAAUUAAUAGUGCUAGCUAAUCACCGAUAACAACCUUCUGUCCAGAUGGCCAGUUUUCAUUGGCAUCUUUCAGAUACGAGCAUAAGGGCUGGAAAACAAUUUUAAAAUAUACCGUUGAGCCUUCGAGAUGUUCCAGCUGUUAGAUUCGGUGCUGGUGCCCAGCGUGAUGUUUCCUGCAAUCCUAGCAGCACUGCAGUGGACGUCCCUACGGAUUUCAAUACAGGCAGGUGCUACUGUCUGAUCGAGUGUGUACAUGUGUAUGUGCGUGAGUGUGCGCGCGAGUGUGUGUAACACAGUCCAGGAAGUAAUCGGACCACCAGCCUGAUAAUGAUGCUAAAACAACGGAGAUGGCUGUGACACUGCUGGCAUGAGUCUCGGGGCUGAGUGCAUACUGUAGGUAUGGAGCACCUGCAUGGCAGCAUAUGUAUGCAUUUUAAAGAUUCAUUUACCUGUGUGCGUGCGUGCGUGCGUGUGUAUGUGUGCGUGUGUGCGUGUGCGUAUAUACAAGCAUGCUCACUGGCAACAUCAUUCACUUUGACACUGAUCGAACACAUCACACUGUGGACUGAUACAGACGGGCUAAUUUGUUUGAAAACCCCAACUCAUGUUCAGCCUCUUGGCAACUACCUUACCUGUCAUUGUAUGGACUUUAUACGAAAUUUUUUUUUUCCCCUUUUCCUUUUUUUUUUUUUUAUUCUCAUACGCAAGGUGGGAGACGGGCAUAUUAACGAAGGAGACAUGACUUGCAGAGUCACAGUUGUUCUUAAAGUCUUAUUGGUAUACCGCAUGACUACUCCAUUCUGCCAGUUUUGUCAAUUUUUUCUUGUCAUCUCAAAUCUUUUUAUACUUAUUUUAUUGUUGUUGUUUUUUUUAGUUUUUAAUGAUCAUUUCCCUGUUACACUCUGUACAGUUGACAAUGUUGUUUUACAUGCUUAAAGAUCAUUGUUCUCUUAGAGAACAGCCUUUUACACACAUGCUGGGGUUCUGGUUUUCUUUGGGAGGGUGAAAUUGAGAUUUUUACUUUGUAUAAUGAUUCCCACAAUUGUGUAUUUACUAUAUGUUCUGUUUAUAGUAGAUUUCUAUAUGGAAGAAAAAAAAUUAUCUAUAGAUAUAUAUUAUGAAAAAAAAUUACAAUCAUGUUUGGAAAAAAAAAAAAAAAAAAAAAAUUGGAAGUUCAAGGUGAUAUGCUCAUAUAUCUGCUCAGUGUACACUCUCUUCUCUCCUUCUGGCUGCCGGUGGUUUAGCACUGCACUGGUUCUACAUUUCCAGUCCCUUGGCACUUCAUACAUAAUGCAGCGACUUUAAUGCGUAAUGUCUACUGAAAUCACAAGCUACACUCAGUGAAUGUUCUGGCAAGUUUGUCAGUUUAGACCAAAUGAAAUUCCGUUCUCUGUUCGACGCAUCCAAAUUCUCAGUGCAGUUGAUUGUGUAUUACGCAGCUGCUCCACUUGACGUAGAAUUUACUUGUUAUUAAUUGUUGAACUGUAGCAUGAUCACUUAGGGGGGGAAAAAGCUGCAGUUUUUUUUUUUUUUUUUUUAGUUUGUCACGCCUCGGUUCUUUUACUGAAUGAUUCACAUUUAGAAUGUCAUUGAUUGAGAGUUUUGCUGAAGCUUUAAUCAGUGUUCUUAAUGAAGUAGCGGCUCACUUGACCAGAACUCACACAUCACUUUGCAGCAACAGUCUGAACUAUGGCGGCCAUUUUCUUUCUUUCAUUCUUUUUUUUUUUUUUUGCCUUAAACGAAAUCUUUGUCUGUCUGGUUUCUCUACCCAGCAUCCAGAUAAAUAACAGAAACCACAUUCCAUUUAUUUUGAUUUUUAUUCCCAUUUUUUAUGAUUAUUUUUUUUUUCCUUUGUUUGGGACUAUUUGUCAUUCCUGCUAAUUUGCCAUUAAAUCUGGGUCUAGCUUGUUUAUUCGAAGGCCUGGAUAAACUUCUGUAUCGUUCUCUUUGCUCCACCUCUGCAUGGUUUAUGUGUCGGCAUGCCUGUCUGUCCUUGUAACAUAUUUGCACAACCGAUGAGCACUGUAGGACGACACUUUUCCAGCAUCGGAGAACGGCUUGGGACACGACUGCUUUCUUGUCGGUUCUGUGGUCAGGAAGCAGAAAGAACGAUGCUCCUUGUGUCCAACAUGUGCUUUUUACUUGUAAAAAAAAAAUAAAAUAAAUAAAAAAAAAUGGAAUAGAGAAAGCUAAACAAUUUCAAAACAUUUGAAUAUUUUACAAAACAAAACUAUCUAGCACUUGUGACAUACAGACGACAGAUUUUAUUGUAUUUAUGUAGAACUUUGUUUUAGGUGAACUACACACUACAUAUUAUGCCUGUGUGAUUAUAUAUAUAUAUAUAUAAAUAUAUAUAUAUAAAAUAUAUAUAUAUCCCCUCCCCGUCCCCCCUCGCCUUCUUUGGAUGUAUUUUCGGGUUGAGCGGAGAGCAUCUGGAGUCAUCAAAGGGCUUUGUCCAGAUGUUUGACAGGUAUGUCAUCCUCAGCCUGUACUUCCCUUUAUAGCCAGUAAUAUAUCUAUGACCACUGUGGCUCGAGAGCAGUUCUAGGUUUACAGAAAUGCAUAUUAUUUUUAUCACUUGGUUUUGAUUUUGUUUCCAUUGUUACAGAAAACAUUUUCUUGGGACCUUUGCUCUAACAUUUGUCUUUGACAUCAACUAUAAAGUAUCUUGUUUUGGAAAA